ACGUGAAAAAUUGCCCACCACACUCACAGCCACCCAGCGCCAGUAAAGCUAGCCUUGCUGACCCGACAUAACGUAGUACAACCCCAGUGCUUUCCCUACAAAACAUACAAACAGGACAUCUCCCCAUUUCCGAUCUACCAAUCGAGGGGUUUGCUUUCCUCUCUGCGCUGUUGAAACAGCGGCGCUUUCUCUACCGUUAGUUCGUCUGAUUCAGCGACAAUGGCGAGAACGGGCUUCAGCAGCUCGACCGUCCUCCUUCUCCUCGUCGCGGCGGCGGCGUUGGCGCUCCCCGCGAUCCACGCGCAGACCACGUACCCCGCGUGCCCGCUGACCGGCUCCCCGCCAAGUGAGACGAUGGUGCCCCCCUACCGGUGCUUGGCGGCGGCCAAAAUGAGUUGCUGCAUGCCGUGCGGCGACUACGAGCUCGGGCUCAGGCUCAUCAAGGGGAACGCGUCCAGGGCGACCGAGGCGACUAACACCGGCCCCUACCUCACCGGCCUUUGGAACACCACCGGAGUCUUCCCUUCCGGCCCUCCCAAGACGUGCGAUCUUCUCUCGGGCUACCAACAGUGCGAGCUGCUGAUGGAGUCUAUCGCCUGCGCCUCCACGUGCAACCCUGAUUCGGGUAACUACGUGAUCAAGGACAAGGACGGCCCCACGAUCACCAUCUGCCCCAAGUUCGCCGACGACCUUUAUGCCGCCUGCAAGGACUCGCGAUUUGGAACCAUCAACAAUGUCACCGACGCUAUCACGUUCGGCAGCUUGACCAUGUCUGGCGCCGGCGCCGGCAUGUUCGGGAUCAUCUCCUUCAGGGCCCUCGUCGCGAAUGUCACCGAUGCGAAGUGCUUCGCUGGUCCUACUCCCGCCCAAAUCCCCAAGACGACGCUGUGCUGCGAUUCGUUCCCGCUGGACCCAUCUCAGUGCCCCGUCGGCACCGUCGAUCUCACCAAGUACACUGAUCUGCUUUACCGCAACAUUAGCACCGAUCAGUGCAUGAACGACACCAAGACCCCCAAGACGAUUUUCACUCUCCCACCCUCCCCGUCUGUUCCCAAGGCCUCGGGAGCUGUGCGUCCCUCGCUCGUUGGGCUGAUUUUGGCAGCUGUUUUCGUGAUGUUCGGAUGAAGUGUAUAAGUGCUGGCUGAGAUCUAGUUAUGGGGCUGUUGGUCAAUAAGUAGAGGUGCUUGGUGCUUGCCAUGUUUUUUAGGGCAUGCCAUGUUAAUGGUAUAAACGCUACUCGGGAAACCUAUG